GUCGUGAAAAUGGCCAUAGUGUAGUAUAAAUAGGACGGACCUCUAUGGUUGCCCAAAGGCACAUAACAAACAACAAUAUUCUACGUAGUACGUAGUUCAUAGAAUUAUCUAAGAUGAUGAUGAAAAGAAUGGGGGCUUGGAUGUUGGUAGCAGUAUUGACUUUGGUUGGCGAAUGGCAUGGUCGUUGUUAUGGGUGUUCGGAGGAAGAGAGGAUUGGUCUCUUGGAGAUCCAAUCUUUGAUCGACCCAGAUGGCUUUUCCUUGGGAGAUUGGGUGGGCAGUAGUAAUUGUUGUGAGUGGUCUGGGAUCGAGUGUGAUAACACUACAAGGCGAGUGAUCCAAGUCUCUCUUUUUGGUGAAAGAGAUGAGAACUUGGGCGAUUGGGUUCUCAACGCAUCUUUGUUUCUGCCUUUUAAAGAAUUGCAAAGUCUUGAUUUGGGAAGGGCUAGUUUGGUUGGUUGCUUGGAGAAUGAAGGCUUCGAAGUCCUAUCAUCAAAACUGAGGGAACUUGGCCUAAGUGAAAACCGAUUUAAUGAUAAAAGCAUUUUGUCAUGCUUGACUGGGCUUUCCACUCUCAAGUCUUUAGAUCUAUCAUCUAAUAAGUUGACAGGAUCAGGUUUCAAAGUCUUGUCAUCAAGGUUGAAAAAGCUGGAGAACCUUCAUCUAAGUUCGAAUCAAUGCAACGAUAGCAUUUUUUCUUCUCUAACUGGAUUUUCAUCUCUCAAGUCUUUAGAUCUUUCAUACAAUCAGCUGACAGGAUCUAUCAAUAGUUUUCAACUCCUACCGAUGAGGCUGGGAAAGUUAGAGAACCUUGGCCUGGGAGGCAAUCGAUUGAACAGCAGCAUCUUAUCAAUUCUGAGUGGGCUUUCAUCCCUCAAGUCUUUAGAUCUGUCAGAGAAUAUGUUUACAGGAUCAGGUUGGUGUAAAUUAAAGAAUCUGAAGCAGUUGGAUCUUUCUGGAAAUAAUUUUGGAGGUUCACUCCCAAAUUGUUUGGGAAACUUGUCAUCUCUACAACUAUUAGAUGUUUCUAAAAACCAGUUUACUGGAAAUAUUGCCUCCGGUCCUCUUACCAACCUCACAUCCCUUGAAUUCCUCUCACUAUCAAAUAACCUUUUUGAAGUUCCCAUUUCAAUGAAGCCUUUUAUGAACCACUCAAGCCUUAAGUUCUUCUGCAAUGAGAACAACAAACUAGGAGCAGAACCUGCUGCCUUUGAUCAUUUGAUUCCAAAGUUCCAAUUAGUCUUUUUUCGCUGGUCAAAAACAACGGAAGCACUCAAAGUAGAAAUUCCCAACUUCCUCUAUUACCAAUACCACUUAAGAUUCCUUGAUCUCUCCCACAACAACAUCACUGGAAUGUUUCCAUCGUGGUUGCUUAAGAACAAUACACAAUUGGAGCAACUAUAUCUGAGCGAGAACUCCUUUGUUGGUACUUUGCAGUUGCAAGAUCACCCAUAUCCGAAAAUGACCGAAUUAGAUAUAUCCAACAACAACAUGAACGGUCAAAUUCCAAAGGAUAUUUGUUUGAUCUUUCCAAAUAUGGAGAGCUUAAGGAUGGCUAAGAAUGGAUUCACGGGUUGUAUUCCUUCUUGUUUAGGAAAUAUUAGCUCUUUGGAAAUUUUAGAUUUAUCCAACAAUCAAUUGUCUACAGUAAAACUAGAACUACUAACAACAUUACAGUGUCUCAAGCUGUCGAACAACACUUUGGGUGGGCAAAUAUCAACCUCGGUGUUCAAUUCUUCUACCUUAGAAUAUCUCUAUCUAGGUGGUAAUAACUUUCGGGGUCAGAUAUCAGAUUUUUCAUUAUAUGGGUGGAAAGAAUGGAAAAUAUUGGAUUUGAGUAACAAUCAAUUUUUAGGCAUGCUUCCGAGGAGCUUUGUUAAUUUUACGUACCUUGAAGUACUUGAUUUGUCCAAAAACCAUUUUAAGGGUCCGAUCCCAAAAGACUUUUGUAAGCUUGGCCGGCUUCUAUAUUUGGACCUUUCUGAGAACAACUUGUCUGGAUAUAUACCAUCUUGUUUCAGUCCACCACCUCUAACCCAUGUGCAUCUAUCCAAAAAUAGAUUGAGCGGUCCAUUAACAUAUGGAUUUUAUAACAGCUCUUCCCUGGUUACGAUGGAUCUUAGAGAUAACAGCUUCACCAACUCAAUUCCAAAUUGGAUUGGCAAUCUUUCAUCAUUGAGUGUUCUUCUUCUGAGAUCUAAUCACUUUGAUGGUAAGCUCCCUGUUCAGUUAUGCUUAUUAGAACAAUUAAGCAUUUUGGAUGUUUCACAAAACCAACUCUCUGGUCCACUACCCUCAUGUUUAGGAAAUCUUACUUUCAAGGAAAGUUCCCACAAAGCAUUCACGAAUCGCGAUGUUCUUUUACUACCAGGGUCCAUCCAAAAGGCUUAUUAUGAAAUAAUGGGUCCACCAGUAGUGGAGAGUAUGUACACCUUGUUAAAGGGUUAUUGGACUAACUUUACAGAAGAGGUGAUAGAAUUUACAACUAAAAAUAUGUAUUAUGGUUACAAGGGGAAAAUUCUUAGCUACAUGUCUGGUAUUGAUCUCUCCAAUAACAACUUUGUAGGAGCAAUCCCACCAGAAUUUGGAAACUUAAGUGAGAUACUGUCAUUAAACUUAUCACACAACAAUCUCACUGGAUCUAUCCCUGCAACAUUCUCAAACCUGAAGCAGAUUGAGAGUUUGGAUCUUUCUUACAACAGCUUGAAUGGUUCCAUCCCUCCACAACUUAUUGAAAUUACCACACUAGAAGUUCUUAGUGUGGCGCACAAUAACUUGUCAGGUAAGACACCCGAGAGAAAAAAUCAGUUUGGAACCUUUGAUGAAAGCUGUUACGAAGGAAAUCCUUUCUUGUGUGGACCUCCAUUGCAAAAAAAUUGUAGUGAGGAAGCAGUGUCGUCCCAGCCAGUGCCUAAAGAUGAACAAGGAGAUGAUGGUUUCAUAGACAUGGAGUUUUUUUACAUCAGUUCCGGUGUAUGUUACACAGUUGUGGUGAUGACGAUUGCAACAGUUCUCUACAUCAAUCCAUAUUGGCGAUGCAGGUGGUUGUACUUCAUCGAAGACUGCAUAGAUACUUGCUACUAUUUUUGGGUGGCUAGUUUUCACAAGUUCUCCAACUUCAGAAGGUGAAUUUGUUACUGGGGAGACGGUCUAUCCUGGUUUGUGAUGAUUAUUUUUCUUGUAUGUCUAGCUAUUGGGUGCUUAACUUGUAGUGUACUGUCUUUAUGCUCAGCCUUGCUAUCUGAUUAGUUAUUUGAGCUAAAUAUAUAAGGAAGGGAAUUGAUUUGGA